GCGGUGACGUGAGCUCCGCGCACCUGGGCCCGGCAGGUAAGGGCGGGUGCGGGACGGAGAGCGGAGCUCGAAGAGUCUACCUGCGCAAACCCAGGUAUUGCUUGCUGACCGGUCAAGGAGUGCUGGGGACUUAGUUCGGGGGACGACCGCUUCUUGUAGCAGGAUUGAGAAAAGAGCCUUUGGGUGGUCCAGAGAAAAGGAAGCUGACCUGAGGUCCAGCUCUUCAGAACCCCGUGGAGACACUGCCUGCUCAUCUCUAUCAUGGCCCUCCACCCCCGCAGAGUUCGGCUGAAGCCCUGGCUGGUGGCCCAGGUGGAUAGUGGCCUGUACCCCGGGCUCAUCUGGCUACACAGGGACUCCAAGCGCUUCCAGAUUCCCUGGAAACAUGCCACCCGGCAUAGCCCCCAACAAGAGGAGGAAAAUACCAUUUUCAAGGCCUGGGCUGUGGAGACUGGGAAGUACCAGGAAGGAGUGGAUGACCCUGACCCGGCUAAAUGGAAGGCCCAGCUCCGCUGUGCUCUCAACAAGAGCAGGGAAUUCAACCUGAUGUAUGAUGGCACCAAGGAAGUACCCAUGAACCCAGUGAAGAUAUAUCAAGUGUGUGACAUCCCCCAGCCUCAGGGGUCAAUCAUUAACCCAGGAUCCACUGGAUCUGCUCCUUGGGAUGAGAAGGAUAAUGAUGUAGAUGAAGAAGAUGAGGAAGAUGAGCUUGACCAGUCACAGCACCAUGUUCCCAUCCAGGACACCUUCCCCUUCCUGAACAUCAAUGGUUCUCCCAUGGCACCAGCCAGUGUGGGCAACUGCAGUGUGGGUAACUGCAGCCCUGAAGCAGUGUGGCCUAAAACUGAACCUCUGGAAAUGGAAGUACCCCAGGCACCCAUACAGCCUUUCUAUAGCUCUCCAGAGCUGUGGAUCAGCUCUCUCCCCAUGACUGACCUGGACAUCAAGUUUCAGUACCGUGGGAAGGAAUAUGGGCAGACCAUGACGGUGAGCAACCCCCAGGGCUGCCGGCUCUUCUAUGGGGACCUGGGUCCCAUGCCUGACCAAGAGGAGCUCUUCGGUCCUGUCAGCCUGGAGCAGGUCAAGUUCCCAGGUCCAGAGCACAUCACCAAUGAGAAGCAGAAGCUGUUCACCAGUAAACUGCUAGAUGUCAUGGACAGAGGACUGAUCCUAGAGGUCAGCGGUCAUGCCAUUUAUGCCAUCAGGCUGUGCCAGUGCAAGGUGUACUGGUCUGGGCCAUGUGCCCCAUCACCUGUUGCCCCCAACCUGAUUGAGAGACAAAAGAAGGUCAAACUAUUCUGUCUGGAAACAUUCCUUAGUGAUCUCAUUGCCCACCAGAAAGGACAGAUAGAGAAGCAGCCGCCAUUUGAGAUCUAUUUAUGCUUUGGGGAAGAAUGGCCAGAUGGGAAGCCCCUGGAAAGGAAACUCAUCUUGGUUCAGGUCAUUCCGGUGGUAGCUCGGAUGAUCUACGAGAUGUUUUCUGGUGAUUUUACACGGUCCUUUGACAGUGGCAGUGUCCGCCUGCAGAUCUCAACUCCGGACAUCAAAGAUAACAUCGUUGCUCAGCUGAAACAGCUGUACCGCAUCCUCCAAACCCAGGAAAGCUGGCAGCCCAUGCAGCCUACCCCCAGCAUGCAACUACCCACUGCCCUGCCAGCCCAGUAAUCAUGAAUGACAUCUUUUUUUUUUUUACAGUAUUGUACAUAUGGAUAUUUUUUAUUCAGAUUUAACCAGCUCUUAAACCUCUCCUUUCUUACGAUCUUACAAUGGUCUCCAACUCUCCACAUACGCUUGACUUUUAAAGUUGAUUUAAUUUAUGGAAAAAUCACCCUUCAUAUCCCGCCUUUCUUUUUUAAACCUCCCCAUGUUAGUGUAAUGUAGUAGGAGAUUUGACCUGGGAGUUUGGACACCAGCCUUCUAGCUGCACCUCUGCUUCAGUGGUAUGACCUUGAACUACCAAGUUAUUUAACCUUUAGGCUUCAGAUUCAUUACUGUGAAGUGAAGGGGUGGAACAAUGCCUGAAACAAUGCCAGCUUUAAAACUCUGGCCUGACGACUUCAUUCUACUUGUACAAGGCAAAAAAACUGCCUGGAACAGAACCCUUCUGCAUUGUUCUAGCACUAUUUUUUUUCCUUUUAUUAAAGUUCCCUCAAGCACUGAUUUGUCCAAGAUUGAUCACCGUUUGACCUGUUCUGCUAGUAUAGUAAGCUUGGCUCCCUGACGGGGUAAGAGAGAGGGAGGGGAACUGGCUAGUUGCUUAGGAACCAAGCUUGAUAUCUAAAUAGAAAUAUGUGCCAAAGUCUGAAAGUCACCUGGUCUGUGGAGUAAAGCCUCAUAAACUGAGCUUCUAAAGGGAAUCUGUCAACAGAAGGCCUAGGGAUUGUGCAGAAUUGGUUGUCCGGUAUCUACCUUGCCACCACUCAAAUAACACUGUGGGGUGGGGGGGUGCGGGGGCGGGUGUAGAUAAGAGUAUAUGACUCAGUGGUACUCUUCAGAAAAGAUAGAGCUCUUUUUCCUUUUUUUCUUUGAGUUAGACCUGGGAGUGCGCUGGGGCGUGUAGGACAAACUCGUGACUACAACAGGGACACUUCGUUCUUGUUUGGAAACUUUUGCAAUUUUACUACCCUUUGGAUUUUUUGCUGUUGGAAAAAUGGGGUAUUCAGUUUUAAGGCCAAAGUGAAAGAGGACUAGGCUGUGCUCUUCUGCAAAAGGCUCACCUGGCCCAAACCUGCUUGUCUCCCUUCUUGUGGAGGUGGCUGGGCAUGAAGGACUCAGGUGAAGAAUGGUGUAGAACACUGUAACUAUGGCUGCCACAGACUGGUCUUAUCUGUUAACUUUUGCUCCAUCCCUGACCUCUCUGUCCUACCCCCCAACCUUUUUUUUUUUUUUUUUUUUUUUUUUAAAGACAAGCAUAAUUGAAACUCUAAAACCUAAAUGGAGAACAAGAUGUUAAUCUCUGGUUGCAGGCCCC